UGUAAUCAUAUUUCCUUAAGCAGAUUUUCUGCCACACAAUGUUUUUCCCUUUCUGGAGGCGGAAAUGUGGAACUUGAAUAAAGUGGUUACGCAGGAUCAUGACCACUGGAUUUAGUAAGUUUAUUCAAAUCCAAGAUGUAAACAUCAGCCUAGGUUUUAUACAUAAUCACUUCCAGUCUGUUAAUGCUGUCAAUCCACCACGGACAGAUGGUGCCUUUUUUAAUAGGUCAUCAUGAUUAAUAUGGACACAUAUUUGAAUGUCACCAGUGAAAGUUAUGAUAUAGGAGAUCCUUAUUAACCAGUGGCCACACCCCAUCCAUGUCUCCUGUCAAGCGUGUUCUGUCAGGGUAACAAAACACUGCCAUGUCUCACUCUAUGUGUUCAUAUCAACUAUCUUUUUUAUAUCUAUACAAUCAAACAUCCAAUGUAGACGCCAAUUUACUUUUGGUAACAUGUGAUUUUUGUUUGAAUCAAGCAUGGGAAUGUUUUCCAUUUGUUCAGAUGUCAUUGGUUCUGUGUUUCAUGUAAGCACACCAGGAAGUGUGUGCACCACUUUUUACUGGAAAUGGACAGACGCAACCUCAUAAGAACCUCUUUAAGAAGUUGACAUAGAGAAGUGCCAUGUUGUCAUCUGUGCACAAUAUUACUACCGAAUAAUAUUCUGCCAAGAAAACAGGAACACAUUUCACAUGUGUGACCAUGUGCUGUGGAGCUGCAGGCCUUUUUUCAAACAUGUUCUUAAUCUUGUUUUAGGAAUGAAUUGGCUCAAGCCACACGCCCCCCCUUGUGGCUAAAUCAAAACAUUACUGCUGAAUUGCAGAGUUGUAUACAAUAAGAUCCAUGUAUUGUUUCAAUGUGGAAAACUUUCUUCUCCUGUCCAUCAAAUCCCUGACAACAAAUCAUCAGUGUUUACAUGUAUGGCCGUUGUUUGAUCCCUACCAACCAAUCAGGACCAGAUAGGCAGAAAGAGGGAUGGCUGGAAUUAGGCUGCAGAGGAUUAGUGCCUGAGCUCUGAUUGUCUAUUGGCUGUUUAGACCUCCUCCAUUCUGAAUGCAACUGACAAAAACAACUUUAACAUAAACAACACAGAUUAUCAUCUCAUGCUCAACUGUGAAUGUUUGCUUUAUUAGGGUACCUGCAUUUGUGGAUUUUUUUUAUUUAGAAAUGCUGUAAUUUCUGCCAACUUCUGUUGCACUUUUGGAUUAUUGACGAGCUACAAGCCAAGUCAUGGUAGUGCUUUUGACUAAUGACCUCAACUUCUACUGCUUUCUCACAGCCAAGAAGAAAGCUGUGCUAAAUCUACAUGAUGAUGACAAAGCCCCGCCUCCCCCCCUGCUCCAGGAGAACGUGUUCAUUGAAGCUAGCAGGCCCAAGUACCUCGAGGACCUUCACACUGAGGCUUUGGAAGGCUUGAAAAUGAUGCAGCAGGAAGAAACUAACACCGGAGUGGAGUUCCAAGAUAAUGAAAGUACAAUUUCAAUAAUGACGGCACAGACCGAUGGAGAGGGUGGAGGGUUUACGACUGACAGCACCAUUCCUGACACAGCCUCUGUGCAGUCAUCCGUAUCUUCAAGGUCCUCCCGCUCUGGACUCACCAGGCAAGGGUCAACAUUCAGGCCGUUAAACUCUGGGAAACCGUCAGAAAAAGGAAAGACAAGACGACGACACAGGAAGACUGUGGGAGGCAUCCCUCAGCAUGUUCAGCGAGAACUAAGAUUGGACAGAGGUGGCAAGACAGUGGCUUCAAAGUUUGAAGAAGAAGAGCUUUUCAACGGUGAGCCCUGUGGCAGCGAGCAUCAGGAAUCAUCAAGGGAGGACAAAAUGAAGCAGAUCCGUGCCGCCAGUGGUAAUCAUAUGGAUGAUCUGGCCUUGCUGCACCGACUGGGCCCCGAUUUGAUGGAUGGGCAGAGGCCUCGGUCAGUGGCUGUUCCCUCCAUGACCACUGCCAACAGUCUCCAGCAGGAGAUGCCCUCUCCUGUUAUGUCGAUGUCCCCCCAGGCUGCUUAUAUGUCCAAAAUCAUUCCCAAUGCAGUUUUGCCACCAUCUAUUGAGGUUGUGGAGAUCAGCCGUGGCCAGAGUCGCAACAGCCUCCGCACUGUCAGUAAGAGCAGCCUACUUCUGUCCAGCCCUUCCCCAUCUCGCUCCUCGCGGAGAACUACUUCUUCCAAAGGCUCCAGAAUGACUUCUGCCUCCCACCACAACCCCUACAAUCUGUCAGACACCUCCGGUUGGAGCAACUCUGACUCCUCAGAGACUUUGGUGUCUGACUCUUCAACCAUCUCUAGUGGCAACGCCUCUAGAAAGGAGUCCUCAUCCACCAACAAAGAUUCCCAAAUUGCUGCCAAUGGCAAGCUCAGAAACAAGGAAAACGGAGGUAAGCAGGAUGGGCCUUUUGCACGCAGCCUUUCAAUCAUGAAACCCAAAAGGGCUCCGCCUCCCCCAAGCCGGUCAUAUUCUCUGCACACCAAAAUAAAGCGGCGGUCACGGGAUUUAGGAGAGGUGGCGGUCAUUUCAAAGGAGUCCUCUCCUCAAAGUGUCUCGGUGUCAACUGGGGGACCAAAUGAACCUGGAGCUUCUCCUGUGAGAGCCGUCGACAGUCCUGGUUACAACGGAGACACCAGCUCUCUGGAUGACUCCACAGGCUCUGUGUUAUUUAACCUGUCAAAAUCACCACAGGCCACUGACUCAGCCAAGGCGGGAAAGACAGUUUCUUCAGUAGAAGAAAAGCAGGAACCACUGCAGGAAAACAAGAUGACCAAAAUAAUCUCCCCGUCCAGCGGCUACUCCAGUCAAGAUUGUACAUCCCCGCAGCUUCAGCCUUUCAGCUCUUCGCCGAAGCACAAAAGAGGAAUCUUAGCAAAGCUUCAAAAGUUAUUUCCUGGUGCGUCAGCUCCAUCUCCUCUCACACAGUCCGGUACUCAUGAAAACCCCAAAUCAUCUAAGAAUGCAAUGUUUCAACAAGAAAAAGUGGAUUCCGCAAGCGUCAGCUCCUCUGUGAGGACCUUGAGAGAACUUUUUGACAUCCCUCCACAUCCUAAAGUCCAUGCACCACCAGCUCCCCCUCCAGAAGUCUGGGCUCACAACAAACGCACCUUUGAAUUGCUUCUGGGACCGCCAGCCCCAGACAAUGUAUACGCCAUUAUAAAAAAGAAUCCAAAAGAUAGGAGGCCACAGAGAUCAUCUCCAUCUGUUUCGACGGAGACCUCUGUGAGGAGUUUGGGAGGAGAAAGAAAACAAACCAAUCAGACAGUAGAAGCUAAGCAUGGAAUUGAACAUGCGCUAGAGAAACAGAAGGUUGAAGAAAGUGCACUUUUGAAUGUGAAUGAGGUUUCUAAAAUUAGCAAUGAAAGACUGACUCAAAAUGUAGAUUUAGAAGGAAAUGACCAAGUGAAAGAGAACGACGAGAAGGUAAAAGUAAGUGACACAUUGAAUGGAAUGUUGGUGAAAGCUGUACAGAAACGUGAAGAAAGGCUAGCGGUGAUGAGGGACGACAAAGGCAAGACUGAGGUAAAGACUAGAAUGGAUGUUAUACAUAAUAUUUCAUUAAUACGCACAUCUCCAUCCCCCUCUCCUCCUCCUGCACACCUUCCUCCUGAGCCUCCUGGCAAACAGGUAAACAAUGUCGUGUCCUCUGAUUCCCCCUGGCCUCCACCACCUCCACCAAUAAUACAAGUGGUCAGCGUGCCUGAUGAGUUAGAUUUACCCCUUCCACCCCCACCCUUAAUUAACGAAGGAGGAUUAAUUACACCUCUGUUAGCAUCACCACCUGCAACAAUUAUUCCAGAGCUUCGCUUCUCUGGUGCCACUCCAUCAAUGACUGAACCUGAACCGCUGGUGUCUGAAACAUUGCAUGUAGGUGCACCUCCACCCUUGAGUAUACCCCCUCCACCACCUUACAUGGCCCCCCCUCCACCAAUUGUAGCCGCAACCCCAUCGAGGCUUACAGAGGUCAUUUCUCCUCCACAUAAGGAUGUUGCUCCUCCAACACCUAAAAAGGGUCCCUCACCGGUGCCUGAAGAAGUUCCAGCUCUGAUAGUCAAGGAGUCUGCCCCUUCCUUGGUUCAAGUGCUGCAUUCUCUUAUAACAAAGGACAUCCCCCCACCUUCAGUCAAGGCAAAAGAGAAUCCCUCUCCUGAGGUUCCUGAAGCAGUCUCUGCUCAGUGUUCUAAAGUGGUUGCUCCUUCACAUUCUCAAGAGAGUUCUUCCUGGUCUUCUGAAGAGGAAAUCACAGCUUCCAUUCUCUAUCCACCACAAAGUAUUCCACCUCCACCACCCAUUGAACCCCUAAAAUCACUCUCAAGUUCAUUGGAAGCGGAGAUCAUCCUCCAACAAGAGAGCAUCUUGCCUGAAUCUCAAAGUGAACAGAUUUCAUCUAACGGGGUUCUUGGUCCGCCUCAAAGUGUUCCACCUCCACCUUCCUUUGAACUGAUUUCUGCAUCUGAUGCCGCAACUCCAAAUACUGAUGGGGUCUCUGUCAAUGAGGUCCUCCCUGUACUUCAGAAAGAAGCUGUCAUCUUAUCAACCGUUAAUAUUUCUCCGUCACCAGAGAAGACUGAGGAACCCACUUGCGCUCCACCUGAUAACAUUCCUGUACCACCACCUCUUCCCAUUGGGGGUCUUGAUCUUCCUCUGCACCAGACGAGUUCUGCAAGCACAGAGAGUAAAACCCCUGAGCCCUCAUCGUCAUCUCCUGUGCACGAGGAACCCGUCUCUGUGGUCACCCCAUCCCUUCUGCAGAUGGUGAAGCUGCGGCCUGUAAAUAGCAGCCCUGAACCUCCCACAGCUCAGGAGCCAGCUCAAGCUGAGGAUGUUUUGUCAAUUCAGCAACCCAACAACCAGGUCAAGGCCCCACAGACCAACUGUGAGGCUCCUCAGAAGCCCAUUAGAAGAUCUCUGAUCAUAUCUUCACCUACAUCUGCGUUUCCACCCGCCAUUAUCACCUGUCCACCAGCUCUCCCCCAGUCCCAGUCUGUUGCUGUUCUACCUGCACCUUCAACCACGGUGCUCAAGUCUUCAUCGAUCACAUCUCCCUCCAUGAACCUGCAGGAGGCCAUCCGUUUGCGGACAGCUGCCAGGUCAAAGGACAGCUCUGCACCUCGCCUCAGCUUGCACUCGCCGACGUCACCAAAAGACGUCGGUCAGUCUCCCACCAGCACAGCAAGCUUUAUCUUCUCAAAGAACAACAAGAGGGUGGUGAUGGAGAAUAAGGCACAGAAGGACAUUCCUCCUAAGGUGGUCAGUGAGGUUGAGUUGAUGAAGAAAGUCAAGAUGCCACCACCUGUUGCAAAGAAACCCAAAACAAAGGCCAUGGAUGCAGAGGGCAGUGAUGUAGCACAACAAGAGAGCAUUGCUGAUUCAGUGGAAAAAUCUAAUGGCACAGCAUCAGGUACUGCUGAAGGAGAGACAUGAUCGUUCCACCAGAAGACAGGAUGGAUUUCAUUCCAAGUUGUGACAUGAAAAAAAAAUGUCACUUUGAUGCAAAUGGUGUGGACAUUUAACAGUUUAGUCGACACAGUAUGUUUUCUUCGCCACGUGGUGUUCUGAGCUUUACUGGUGCAAGAGAAAAGUACUGCCUUUUACUGUUUGAAAAUGAUUGUACCAUGUACAUAUGUCCUGCUGAAUCAGUGUGUGCUCAAUAUUGCAGCAAUGGGACGUAAGGGCGCUCAUCUGUAAAUAGCAUGUCUGUCAUUUACCAAAGAUGUUUCCAAAAACAUGUUUAAGAAAAUGAAUCCUAAGUUAUUUUUCUUGUUCAAAAAGAAGAGGGUUCCCACUGAUGGAAGUUGCAUGAAAGUCUUAAAAUCAUUUACUCUUAUUCUUCUCACAAAUUCACAAUGUCACCCUUUAACUUAAGGUUAUCUGUGUUCAUGACCCAUAAUAUAAUCCGGGGUCAGUAAAUAAUCAGUCAGGUGAUACUGAAAUUCCUUAUUUAGAACACCAUUUCUUGCAGCUUUUGUUAUGGCUCAAAUAGUGGGAUAUAUCUGCUUUGAACCUUUCAGACUUUCAAAGACUAAUGUAAUUAAUCAUUUAUAAAAUGAAAGAUUAAAGAUUUAUGGACACAUUAAAUUGUCUAUGACUUGAACAA